CACUUGGAGUCUGUCCUUACGCACAAGUUUUGUGCCACGUUCUCCUGCUUGCAAUGGACACACAAGUGACAUAUGCUGAUUUAAACUUAUCCAGGGGUACUUGCCUGGAAAGUUCAUCACCCCCAUCUCUUCCUCAGGACAUCUGUCAAGGUCCACCUUGGCAUCAGUUGGCUCUGAAACUUGGUUGUACUGGGGUUAUUCUUCUUACCUUGACUGUGAUUGGGUUGAGUAUUUCAGUAAUAUUCUUAAGACAAAACUUGUCAAUAGAAGAAAGCCGUGUGGAUGUUCAAGAGAACAGGAAUGAAACAACAGAGAAACCAGACCUGUUAAAGUGCCCAAAAGAUUGGCGUCUACUACGAGAAAAAUGCUUGUUUUUUUCUCUCGCUUCCAACACUUGGAACUACAGUCUAGCUGACUGUUCCACAAAAGAAUCCAGUUUGCUGCUUUUUCAAGAUCCAGAAGAAUUGAGACACGUACAAAGCCUGAUACCUAAAAAAGAAUUUCUGUUUUGGAUUGGAUUAAAUUUAACAUUAUCAGAGAAGAAAUGGAAGUGGAUAAAUGGGUCAUUUUUAAAUCCAAACGUAUUACGUAUUGUUGGUUAUACUAAGAAAAACAGCUGUGUUUACGUCUCACCGACAGGAAUUUUUUCUGAGGACUGUGACACAGACAACAAAUGGAUCUGCCAGAAAGAACUACAACCUGUCAGAAAUAAGGCGUGUUCGGGCUCUUGACUACGCAUUCCCUCUCAAUUUCUCUACUUUCCAUCACAGGUCUCUGCAUCUAUACAGCUAACCUGGCCCCAUGUAUAUCUAGAAGCACAAAGUGAACCAAUACUGACUAUUCUAAAACUGUUGUGAAUCUUACAGAAGUUCACGGCUAACCUACUCAUUGUAUGAAUGAGGAAGCAAAUACAUAGGGAAACCAAGUAUCAUUUUAAGAUACAGUGACGUUCCAUGGAGAGAAGCCCAGACCAGUUGACUGGUUUCCAGUCUUGGCUUAUACAUGUGGCCUUCAUUGAUCCCCUCUAUGCUUUAGCUCACCUCUAGAAAAGUUACAGUAAAAGAUUUCUAAAGUCCUGUGGAUAUUUCAUAGUCUGUGAUUUUUCAUAUUAUCACACAACUGGAUUGUUCCAGAACAUUGGCCUAAGUCCAUUCUCUUGACUCUGAUAUCAGAAUCUCAUGACCAAAGGAUCUUGGGAAGGGACCUAAACUCUUCCUGCCAUUCCAGUGUUCUUCCUAUUUUAAUUUUCUCAUUACUUCUUUAUUUUCCUUCUAUGAUCCCUUCUCUCUAGGCUCACAAACAGGCUGUAGGAAAUAUGUAAUUAAAUUUUUCAUUAUUUAGUGGAAAAUAAGCGAUUUUUUUCAUCAAAAGGGAAAUCUUUAUUCAGAUAAAUGUCGGGAGUGUUCACUUUUUAAAAAUAUGCCACAUUUUCUAUGGAGAUCGAACAAUAAUAAUCCUGGACUUAUUCUGUAAGGAGGUUUACAAUAAAAUUUCUGAAAAAUAGGUACCUACUUACUUUGAUCAUUCAAUGCCAAUUUGAAUUACACAAAUUCAAAUACAUAUAAUAAUGACCUAAAUAUUUCAAUUUCUGUUUUUCAUGAUGAUUUAUAAUACUUGUUAAUAUAAAAUUUUGAAUAUGUCCAAACCCCAAAGCAUAACUCAUUUUGUGUCAGAUACUUGGGAAAUAAAUUACUUAGGGAGACAUUCUACACAAGAGCGUCAUUACAAACGAUGUAACAUAAAAGUGAGACUAUGAAAUGUUUGGCACCCUUGAGGAAAUGACCUGCAAAGAACAGAAACCUGUGUUGCAAGAAAAAAGUGUUUCCAUAACUGACGACAUACAUUUCCACCCCUUGGAGUGACAUUCAGUUCCACCUUCUAAAGCGAAUCAGGAUAAGGCUAAGUGCAUCCAGUUAAACCAGAAUUCAUUCCAAACAUGGGCCUGUUCCUUCUCCUACACCUGUUAGAUCUGAAACGAAGUGCCCCAAAAG